GGCGCCGUGCCCAAGAUGCACAAAGACUGGGCCGAGGAGGCCACCAACGGGAGGCUAUCCAGGGCAAUGCUGGGGCUGAAGGGCGUGAUCGACCAUCAGAAGAUUCACAAGCUGGACAAACAGCAGGAAAUUGGUAGUUUCAACACCAUGAGCAAGGAGCGUUCGUGGUACUGGCACGCCCAGCGGUGCCUGUCCUGCAGGGUGCGGAAGUUCGAGGCGAUCCAUCCGAACAACAAGUUUCGCGUGGCCUGGGACCUCCUCGGCGUGCUGAUCCUGGGGCACGACUUGAUAAUGAUCCCUCUGGUCACCUUCUUCGAAAACGAGACUGUCAGCCUCGGCAGGGAUUACGACGCUUUCAAGGUAAAAUCCGACUGGUUCACUGCCAGCUUCUGGACCGCGGACAUCGCAGUGUCUUUCGUCACCGGCUUCCACAACAGCGGUGGCUUCGUCCAGAGGCAGUCUAUA